GCUCAAAACGACCCCAAAGUCAUAAAACAAACACACAUAUAAGUUCUUUUGCAGUUUAUUUAUUAAUCCAAAAUCCUGAACUGAAAAUCCAAACUCAAGUAAUUUACAGGAAUGCUGGGAAGCUCCUUGCCUUCAACCUUAUUGACUUUUGAAUCUGGUACACUUUCUCGUUUUACGCCCGAUCUUGAAUCAUACUCGGCAAAUCCUGUAUCAUGCAAUGCAAUAUUGUCAUAUACUUGUCUAUCCAUCGAGAAAAUCCGACUCUUUCCCACUAAAAGUUCUGCUUCUACAAGAUGGAGAACACAUUCUAGUAGAGGAAGCCCAGGAACAGUUUUGAGUGAGGAAGAUAUAAAGAAAUGGGAAGCUUGUAGACAAGCUCUUUCGGGAUUUGAAUUUACUGUAGAAGAGGAAGACAAAAUAUUAGGAAAAGCAUUCGGGUUACUUCGCUCCCCUUACUGGGGUGAAGAACGUGAAUUAGUUGUACCUAAAUAUGAAGAAAUCGAUGCCAUAUUGGAUUAUUUGAGGGGUUUAGGCCUUUCGGAUGAUGAUGUUUCCAAGGUACUUAAGAAAUUUCCAGAGGUUGUUGGUUGCAGCCUUGAGAAUGAGUUGAAAACGAACAUUCAAAUACUUGAAAAGCAGUGGAGUAUAAAAGGAAAGUCAUUAAGGAAUCUUUUACUGCGUAAUCCGAAAGUGUUGGGUUAUAUUGUUGAUUGUAAGGGAGAUUGUAUGGCACUCUGUACACGCUGUUGGGUUCGGUUUUAACUGAUACUUGUGGACUACUACGCAGAACCACCCCUUUAUGUUGUAUAUUAGCUGUGAAUUUCUUACAAUAUUAUUUGUUUAUUACUAGAAUUCAUAAGUACAAAUACAAACCUGUAUGAAUAUUUCGUACAUUGUCUUAACUAGCUUAUAAAGCAUUUGAUCCUUUUAUUUAA